GUACCGAGGCACCCUGGCCCUCCCUACACGGCUCAUGAAAUCACAAAGGGACACCCUAACCUGGCGGGCACACCGCCAGGGCAUGCCCACUCACCGGCGCUCUCUCAGGUAUCAGUACCCACAGCUUCCCCAUAUCGCUACCCUAAGGGCUGGGAGGCAGGCGGAGGGGUGAGUGUAGCCGAGUCCGCCGCCAUCCUCUCUACGUAUGACCAUUGUUCUGUCUGUCUGUCUGUCUGCCUGCCUAUGUGUUUCCAUCUGUAUUUAUUUUUGUCUCUCGCUCUCUUUCUCUCUCUCAUUCUUUCUUCUCCUCCCGUUUUUCUCUAACAUCUUUAUCAAAAUGCCUGUUGCUGCAUGCUUUGUUUGCAUUAAUUUAUUAAUUAAAUGCACAGAGUGGCCUGUUGAUUGGUCAAAUAUUGUAUUUUUGUAUGACCUGUGUGCUGUCUGUCAAUAGUCCAAGAGAAGGACAUUUUUUUUAAUGAUUAGAAUUCCACAGGAAAUCGUCAACUUCCAAACUGCUACAGUGCUCGCUCUCUGUUCUCCAUAAGAGCCUGCUAAAGGGUUAAUCAAUUAGUACACUGGUACAGUCAAUUACAUUGCUGCUCCUGGGAUUUGCUAGUUUCUCCUACUGCCUUGAAGCGCGCGCACACACAAACAAAAACACUUAUUGGGGAUUCCAGAAUGAGUCAGCCUUUGCGUAAGGUGUGUGUGUGUGAUGAAAGGGUUCCUAUAUCCCUGUGUGUUCAGCAUGGUUCUCCCAGCCCACACACUGCCUCGGCCUGAAGGAGCUGCUCUCUCUGGCCUAUUAAUAGUGUCUGCAGCCAGUGGCACAACUUUAAUUAUCCCAGCUAUAUAGCCACACCACCAGCCUCUCAUAAGAGCAAGCAAAGCUGAUUUAAAUCCUUCCACUGCACACAUGAAGAGAUGCGACACAGGAGCUGGUAUUAUUGAAGCUCCUGGGAGACGUAGCCAAGCACAAGAUACCCCAUAUUUAGCUCUCAGGCCUAACCCCUGCAAAAAGUGCCAGACAGGCUGAGACAACAUUAAUAUUUUCCAGUGUUUCACCAUUGUCUUUCUUCAAAUGGUGUCACUCUAAUGCGCCAUUCUAAGUUUCUCCAGAUGGCAAAAUUUCCUUUCGUAGGAUACCGGAGGUAAAAUCAUGAAUAUACGUUUAGUGAUUGGUUGUGCAAACCCACAGUUUCAGCAGCUGUCCAGGUGGCUGGUCUCAGACAAUCCCGCAGAUGAAGAAGCCGGAUGUGGAGGUCCUGGGCUGGCGUGGUUACACGUUGUCUGACGUUGCCAAAUUCUAUAAAAUGACGUAGGAGGCGUCUUAUGGUAGAGAAAUUAACUUUCAAUUCUCUGGCAACAGCUCUCGUGGACAUUCCUGCAGUCAGCAUGCCAAUUGCACGCUCCCUCAAAACUUGAGACAUCUGUAGCAUUGUGUUGUGUGACAAAACUGCACAUUUUAGAGUUACCUUUUAUUGUCCCCAGCACGAGAUGCACCUGUGUAAUGAUCAUUCUGUUUAAUCAGCUUCUUGAUAUGCCAUACCUGUCAGGUGGAUGGAUUAUCUUGGCGAAGGAAAAAUGCUCACUAACAGGGAUGUAAACAAAUUUGUGCACAAAAUGAGAUAAAUAAUAUUUUUGGGGCUCUUUGAUUUCAGCUCAUGAAAUAUGGGACCAACACUUUACAUGUUGCGUUUAUAUUUUUGUUCAGUGUAGUUUAUCCAGUGACCACUGCAUUUAGAAGGAUAGCUACAGGCUGAAAUGUAGCUAGCUAGCAUGCUGUCUCACACUGGCGAAUGUUCGACUCGGGAACUCAUGGGCACACAGGCUACAUUAGCCAACUGCUUAGACAUGAUUACACCACGGGCAACACUAACAGGUGACUAGUUUGUUUUCAGACAAAUAUUCAACUCAUCGUUAGUUUAUCCACUGACCACCACAUUUCGGAGGAUAGCUAAUUACUGAAAUGUAGCUUGCUCACUGACCAGGCAGUAGCUACUAACUAAUCGUGGACGCAUUACCUAUUCUUUGAUACAUUUGUUACAACUAAAAUAGAUUGUUAGCUAGCUGAUGAGGCUUUCACUUAUUUCCCAAUUAAUUUGGUGAUCAAGAUAAAGCUGGGUUUCCCAAGUCUUUCGGUUGGCACUAACUGCUCAUUCCGGCGGCACGAGCUAGCUAAACAGACCAAUUAGGUCUGACUGCGGCCUGCUUCUAGGGAAACUCCAGGGAAGAACCGCCCAGGGAAACCAAGCCCCCUCUUUGUCGCCACAGAUGGUUUGUUAACAUAGCAUGUUAGGAUAACUAAUGUAGCAGGUUAGGAGAACUAACGUAGCAGGUUAGGAUAAUUAACGUAGCAGGGUAGGUGAACUAACGUAGCAGGGUAGGAGAACUAACGUAGCCGGUUUGGCUAAUUAACGUAGCUGGUUCGGACAAUUAACGUAGCAGCUUAGGAGCAGUAACGCAGAAGGUUAGAUGAAUUAAUUUAGCAGGUUAGGGGUGGCAGGUAGCUUAGUGGGUAAGAGCGUUGUGCCAGUAACCGAAAGGUCGCUGGUUCUAAUACCCGAGCCGACUAGGUGAAAAAUCUGUCGAUGUGCCCUUAAGCAAUGCACUUAACCAUAAUUGCUCAUGUAAGUCGCUCUGGAUAAGAGCGUCUGCUAAAUGACUAAAAUGUAAAAAUGAAAAUAGUUAGGCUUAGCUACAAUGCUACAGUCGACCCAUAGAACAAGGAAUUAGCCAGGAGCCUAUAGAAAGGGUGGUUCUUCCCUGGAGUUUCACUGGAUGCAGGCCGCAGUCAGACGGCUCUGUGUAAAGCAUCUGUGUGACGUCACACACACGCAAGAAGGCUCAACCAAUCACCAGACGGUUUAUGCCAUUUGAUUAGCUGUUCAGCAAUCUUAUUGCUUGGUGGUAGAAGCUGUUAAGGUGCCUUUUGGACCUAGACUUGGCGCUCCGGUACCGCUUGCCGUGCGGUAGCAGAGAGAACAGUCAAUGACUAGGGUGGCUGGAGUCUUUGGCAAUUUUUAGGGACCUUCCUCUGACACUGCCUGGUAUAGAGGUCCUGGAUGGCAGGAAGCUUGGCCCCAGUGAUGUAUUGGGCCGUACGCACUACCCUCUGUAGCGCGUUGCGGUCAGAUGCCGAGCAGUUACCAUAACAGUCGGUGAUGCAACCAGUCAGGAUAGUCUCGAUGGUGCAGCUGUAGAACUUUUUGCGGAUCUGAGGACCCAUGACACAUCUUAUCAGUCUCUUGAGGGGGAAUAGGUGUUGUCGUGCCCUCCUUCACGACUGUCUUGGUGUGUUUGGACCAUGAUAGUUUGUUGGUGAUGUGGACACCAAGGAACUUGAAGCUCUCGACCUGCUCCACUACAGCUCCGUCGAUGAGAAUGAGGGCGUGCUCGGCCCUCCUUUUCCUGUAGUCCACGAUCAUCUCCUUUGUCUUGAUCACGUUGAGGGAGAGGUUGUUGUCCUGGCACCACCCUUCCAGGUCUCUGACCUCCUCCCAAAAGGCUGUCUCAUCAUUGUCAGUGAUCAGGCCUACCACCGUUGUGUCGUCGGCAAACUUAAUGAUGGUGUUGGAGUCGUGCUUAGCCACGCAGUCAUGGGUGAACAGGGAGUACAGGAGGGGACUAAGCACGCACCCCUGAGGGGCCCCCGUGUUGAGGAUCAGUGUGGCAGAUGUGUUGUUGCCUACCCUUGCCACCUGGGGGCGGCCCGUCAGGAAGGCCAGGAUCCAGUUGCAGAGGGAGGUGUUUAGUCCCUGGGUCCUUCGCUUAGUGAUGAGCUUUGAGGGCAGUUGAACGCUGAGCUGUAGUCAAUCAGCAGAGCAAACUUGUUAGCAGCUAGCUAGUUGGAAUGGCCAUUACUGUAGCUAGUUUGCCAGCUUGCUGAUGAAGUUGUACUGCAUCGAAGUUAUGGGGCUGUACUCAGAAAUCAGCAUGUAUUUGACUCUGAUAGCUGGCACUUGUGACUCGCUACUUUGUAACAUUUAGCCAACACGAUAACGUCGCAGCUAGAUCAGACAGCUGCUACAGAACUCGGUGCACUAAACAGGGCAGAACAGCAAGUGUCUUAUCAUGAAAACAUAUUAAUUGCGCUAUUAGAUAUAAUUUUACUACGCUAGCUAGCUACCUUGAGGGAGUAUUUAUUAAGCAUUGAGGUUGUACUGGCGUUGGGUUAACAUUGCUUUCGUUUUAUCUUCUUUAAGAGGCUCCUCUGUCCUCCACUCGUUACCUGUAUUAAUGACACCUGUUUGAACUUGUUAUCAGUAUAAAAGACACCUGUCCACAACCUCAAACAGUCACACUCCAAACUCCACUAUGGCCAAGACCAAAGAGCUGUCAAAGGACACCAGAAACAAAAUUGUAGACCUGCACCAGGCUGGGAAGACUGAAUCUGCAAUAGGUAAGCAGCUUGGUUUGAAUAAAUCAACUGUGGGAUAAAUUAUUAGGAAAUGGAAGACAUACAAGACCACUGAUAAUCUCCCUCGAUCUGGGGCUCCACGCAAGAUCUCACCCCGUGGGGUCAAAAUGAUCACAAGAACGGUGAGCAAAAAUCCCAGAACCACACGGGGGGACCUAGUGAAUGACCUGCAGAGAGCUGGGACCAAAGUAACAAAGCCUACCAUCAGUAACACACUACGCCGCCAGGGACUCAAAUCCUGCAGUGCCAGACGUGUCCCCCUGCUUAAGCCAGUACAUGUCCAGGCCCGUCUGAAGUUUGCUAGAGUGCAUUUGGAUGAUCCAGAAGAGGAUUGGGAGAAUGUCAUAUGGUCAGAUGAAACCAAAGUAUAACUUUUUGGUAAAAACUGUUUGGGGGACAAAGAAUUCUGAGUUGCAUCCAAAGAACACCAUACCUACUGUGAAGCAUGGGUGUGGAAACAUCAUGCUUUGGGGCUGUUUUUCUGCAAAGGGACCAGGACGACUGAUCCGUGUAAAGGAAAGAAUGAAUGGGGCCAUGUAUCGUGAGAUUUUGAGUGAAAACCUCCUUCCAUCAGCAAGGGCAUUGAAGAUGAAAUGUGGCUGGGUCUUUCAGCAUGACAAUGAUCCCAAACACACCGCCCGGGCAACGAAGGAGUGGCUUCGUAAGAAGCAUUUCAAGGUCCUGGAGUGGCCUAGCCAGUCUCCAGAUCUCAACCCCAUAGAAAAUCUUUGGAGGGAGUUGAAAGUCCGUGCUGCCCAGCGACAGCCCCAAAACAUUUAUAUAUAGAAUUAGGUCGUUAAGACUUGCUCAUGAUGAAAACAUCCAAAUUAGCUACAGAUGUAUGUUUUUUGGUAAGGUUAACUCUAACUCUUUGAGGACGAAUGGAAGUUCAGUAGACAAUGCCACCUUGGUAACAUUUACGAAUGUUAUGACUGUGUAUUGUAGACAAACAACUUUUUAAAAUCUAUCCCAUGAUUGUUUGCAUGUCAUCAGAUAGAUCAGUGCAGAAGGCCAUUGGGCUAUCUGAUGUAAGACAAUGGUGUUUCACUAAACUACUACACUAGAUUACCAUGCUAACACACACACUGUCCAUUAUUCUUCAUUGGUGAGGAGAGCAACAGUUUGGUUGGUCUAAAUUAUUUUGACCCAGGUAAAAUGGUCAAACCGCUGUGUCAUCACAUCUCUCCUCAGCUUGUUCUUAACUACCAUUUCUGUUUCUCUCCCCUUUCUCUCUGUCCUACAUCCAUCCCCCUCUCUCUAUCCUGCUCUCUCGUACAUCCACCCCUCUGUCCCUCCCCCCAUGACAGUCUCCAUACUCCACUGGACAGAAUGCUGGCUCCACACCUCUAGUGUACUCUCCUCAGACCCAGCAAAUGAAUGCACAGCCACAGAGUCGCCCGGUAAGUGCCCGUUCUCUCUGUGUCAUGCGUAUGUAUUAUGACUGGUGUGCUUUGGGAAAUCCAGACAUUUUGAUUGGCCUAGAGGGGUACAGUAUCAUCUGAGGUAGUGAUUGUUCAGUAAUGAUCAGCCCUGAUGUGUCUGCCAGGCAGUCCUAUACACACUCUCGGGCUUUCCAGUCUUGAGUUAUCUAAAAGUUGUAGGUAGCCAUUCAAGUUAAGUGUGAUCAUUUUGUGUUACCUAAUGUUAAACUGUCACCCAGUCAUAAUGUAUGGAUUCAGUAUGCCCAUGACUUCAAGAUGAUAUACUUAAAGUAUUUUACUGUUCUAUCUGCACUUUCAAUGUAGUCAUCCAUGCCCAGCCCCAGCCCCAGCCCCCCUGUCAUAUGGAACCACCAGGUCUGCAUCAUCUCCUCUAAUGGCAGUAAACAUGACAACGUGGCAGCUCUACUGCUCUCUCUGUGGUUUUGUAUUACCAUGCCUCAGUGUGCCCCUCAUUGCUCAUCUUGUUUUCUCUGUAUCUCUCUCUCUCUCUCUUUCGCUCUCUGCUUUGACAUCGCUGCCCCAUCUCUUUCUGCCGGACCUCAUUCUCUCCCCAAUCAGUUUGCGACGGGCCCUCGACCAACCCACCAUCAGGUAACUUAACCCAUUUCGUUUGUCCUCUCCCUUCUGCUCCCUCAGCUAUAGUUGCUUAGUGCACAUCAUCACACCACUGUUAUUGGUCUGCAAAGAUCUUCUGCUCUCAGUGGAAAUUGGCCCCGUUUAUACAGAAUGUGUCCCCUAAGUUAAUGAGAAUAUGUCUCCCUUUCCCGCCUGCUUUCCACCCAGGCACGUCAACGGCCAUUCUGAGAUUUUUGCCACAUUGUCGUUAAAGGCAUAUCUAAGAUGACAGUUGCCUGACUGCCAGUCAGACAACGAUGCUAGGUGUUUGCCAUACUAUAGUGAUUACUCUCUUUUCUUCUUCUCAUGUUGCAUUGUUGUGGACUUGCAAACUGUUGGUCAGACUUGGUGUUAACAAGUGUGGUACUGAUGGCACUGCUCCAACAUUUUAGCAACAUCUAAUGCCCUGUUGCUCAGAUGUUUAUCGGACAUUGGCAUGCACUAUGUUCUCGAUCCUUCUCUUUUUGAAAAGGGUUAUUCCGAGUCAAUUUGUGUUUUAGAUUAUCUGAUGAUUAAUUGUUUCGUAUAAAUAUGAUUGCAUGUUGUUUUGUUUGUGAAUUGUAUGUGUUUGUGUUUUUGAUUGUGUGUGAUUGAGCAUAACUAUGUGACUGCUGAGACGAGCCUGGGCACAGAGACGAGAAUCCCAUAGCGUCUUCCUGUUGUCAUUAUGUUUAUUUCUCUGUCAUAAUAAGAAUCAGAUGCCCUUUGAAGACACUGGGUCACACAGGCAGACAGGCACCCCCUCCCACCCUGUCCAUAACUUGUUGUCCAACAUUCUCACCUUCUGGAUGAUUCUGUGUUGACCAUUUUGACAGACUAUAAAUAGGCAGCUUCCUAGGUCAGUCAGGCUCAGUGAAUCUGAACGGUUUACUGGCACAGAGUACACAGUACAUGCCCUGGCACAUACUGGCUCUGCUCUGUCCUGGCGCUGGCCUCUCUUGUGCCACCACGGAAGUGGAGUUGGGAAGCAGAACAAAAGGGCUAUUAUACGUCCAGAGAAAAUUAGCCUUGUCUCUGACAUAAGUUGCAAUCCCCCUGCACAAUGAGCGCUACAUAGUGAUCUGAAAAUUCAUUCAUCUGCCGAAAACCUCUCUUUAUUCAGCCGGCUGACGUCAUCCGACCUCUCCGUGUUACUCUUGAUUUCUCAUUGCUAAUGCAACUUCAGUCUUUCAGUGUUUAGGGCUGCAAACCAAGAGGUCAGACUGAAGGAUAAAGUUGUUGUUUGGUUGGACAACAUUCGUUGUAGCCUAUACGUCCACUGUAGAGACAUCCAAGUAAAUGGUAUCUUUAUUGUUUUUGAGCUGGUGUUUACUGUGAGCAGUUUUCUUCCAGUUUUUCCAGUAAGAGUUCAAAUGUCAGCCAUGGAAAGGUCAGAUAUAAGCAUCAUAUUAACAUUUUGAGUGUUGCGUUAACAUUUAACUUAAGCAGUUAUGCUCUGUUUGAAAUUAGCAGAGCUAGCAUUGUUGGUACUCCCUGAUACUAACAACAAGCUCAUGUCUGACUGCCAAAGUGGAGCAAAGUCCUAGUUGGUCUACCGUGCAUGUUCCCAGAGUAAAGCAAAGGGAAGAAAGGAGUGUUCAAAUCAGGACAGACUCAGACUCUUGCCCUCUCUCCCUCUGUCUGUACCCCGAAGUGUUGGGAAUACCACUGUGAUGACACCACCAGUGAGCCUGGCUGAGUUUAGUCCUAGGUGAAUGGUAGCAGCUAGAUAGACAGAGCUCUGUGAUGUCACAUUACUCCAUCCAGAGGGUGGCCCAGGCUCGCAGCCCUCCACACCCUGUCUUUGUUGCUAAGUCAUCUCUGUGGGAAUACAGCCGGCUCCACGCUGGGACUGAGAACCACUCAAUUGGCAAAAGGGCCCACAGGCUGCACAAUAUUGUGACAGGCGGAAAGCCUUAUGAUAUAUACACGUGUGUGUGUGUUGUAGGGUUGGGCCAAUAUAUGUUUAAAUUGAAUAUCGUGAUAUUUGACAUUGACGAUAUAUAUCGUGAUAUGCAAGACUAUACUCUAUUUGAACUUUACAAAUCAAAACGGAGCAGUUGAAAAUGAUGUCUAAAUGAAUUAACUAAGCCUUAUUGUUUCGCCAUACUAAGUUUAUUUAAUUAGAAUGCGACUAUAAUAUCUAAAUAAGCACAAAAAUUGCAUAGUCUAGAAUUAUGUUGUCAUUAACUGCGCAAAACGAUUAUAUUGGAUAUCGCGAUAUUUGGAGUAGCAUAUAGUAGAGGUCUCCCCAAAUAUGGCCCAACCCUAGUGUGUUGUGAAUGAUUGCCUGCUCACUGUGUUUAUGUAUUGGGCUCCACACUCAUCAGUGCAGUCUCCCAUUGGCUUUUCUCUCUUUCCUGCUUCAAUACUCAAGGGAGGAUUCAGGCCCAUCCAGGUAAUAAUGACUCUUGUCAGAACUCUCUGCAGAUGCAUGGCAUGAGGAACACCCCUACCUUACGGUCCUAACCCCUAACCUUUAACCUCUAACCCCAGAGCCCUCCAGUGGCCAUCAUCUUAACUACAGUAUGCUCAGUAGAAAACCCCUUACUCUCUCCACAACAUAACAAUCUAAUACUGCCUGACCACCACACUCACUCUUAUCUUCUCUCUUUUUAACCUACAUCUUUUUUUAUAAUUUGAUCAUUUUCCUUCAUUCUUCAUCUCCCAUCAUGUUUGCUUAGUUUAGAUGAACAGCAUGCAGAAUAUUAGAACUGUUAACUCUUCCUCUCCAAAGUGUUUCAUUUUUAUGAAAGGAACCACAUUUAAAGAAAGGUUGUGUAUACUUCAGGGUACCUGAUCGCUGAAGAAUUAUUGAACCUGAGUCAACUGGUUGUGGUAAACUUGAGCUCUAGUCAUUAGGAUGUCGGCCACAGCUGUUGCUUGGAGUCUUUCAUCUUGCUUAGAGUACAUUGAUUGCUGCAUAACAUUUUAUGAGCUCCCCAAAAAAAGCCUGGCUGCACUGAUCAUCCCAUUGAUUGUGAUAUUUAGUUUCCUGCAAACAUGACUUCUGCAGUCAUGAGAACAUUUUUAAUGAUUCUGUGUUUUAUGACGCAUGAAGAAGCGCUCUGUCUCCACAUUGUAAAUACAACCUCACCUCAUUUGACAGAACAACACAGAACAACCCUUUAAUACAUUGUGGCCCCAGUUAUGUCUACAUUAGCUAUGUAGCAGGAGUUCCCAAACUUUUUUGCCCCACGACCCCAUUUUGAUGUCUGAAAAUUCUCACGAACCCAACCAUGUGGAGAAAAAUUAUGUAAUUAACAGCCAAUGUUAACUUUUUUGGGGGGGCUAUGGCAGUCAAUUGUAAAUUAGUCGGACAUAAUUUCUGAUUGUCUCUUAUUUCACCACCACUAAUGAGAUGGGUGUGCUUGAUGCAUGUCGCGUUGGAGCUUCUCAAAGUCAGGGGGCGUGGUUGACAGUGCGCACCUUUCUCUGCUGUCACGUCCAACCUGAUCAAUAUUUGGUUUUAAUGCAGACGAGAUCACUGAAUCCAACUUCACACAGAUAUGAGCUGGCGAAGGGUACCAUGAGUUAAUGCUCGGGGGGAAAUGGCAUGGUAUUCCCUUUGAGUCAGGAACCAAAACUCCUCCGUAGUAACCCGUGAAUGCGCUGUCUGCAGCAUUCAGUCACAUGACAGCUCGAUCAGCUGUGAUUUCACUUGCCGGCAUGUCAACUGAGCCAGGAUCACAGUCAAACGGAUUUUGCACCCAGUCAAACGUUGUCAUGUCCAAGUCCGGGAAGUAGGUCCCAAAGUGCUCUCUUCAAUCGUUGGAGGUGAGCAGUCGUCACUCCUGUGGGACACUCACUUAUGCUGUUGUCUGUUAGAAACUUGCACAGCCAAGGAAAGGGGGCAUAGUUUGCUUUUGUAUAAGAAAUCUUUCCUCUGAAUCCACUCAUCUGUAGAAUGUUUUUGUAUUUCCCCUGCAUGCUUGCAUUCAGUUUUCCAAAUAGCCUAUGUCUGUUACAUAGGCAAGGAGACACAUUUUCUUUUCAUCACACAGAAAGUCAAGUCUUUUUUUUUUUACAUCCAUUGCGAAUGACAACCGUUCCUCUCUCAAUUCGAAAAAUCUUUACAAUAUUCUCCCCCUCGAUAACCACAGCCUCGGUGUGAAAUAGCAAAAUGUCAUACUCUGAUCCCAUAUCUCCACACAGUUGUGCAACAGGCGUGCACGCAGUGGAUGUGGUUUGAUGUAGUUUACAAUCAAAGUUACCUGCUGCAGUAUAUCUUUGUGUAUCGCUGAGCUCUUUUGCUGCCAGUUGCUCUCGGUAUACAGUGCCUUGCAAAAGUAUUCAUCCCCCUUGGCGUUUUUCCUAUUUUGUUGCAUUACAACCUGUAAUUUAAAUGGAUUUUUAUUUUUAUUUCAUGAAAUGGACAUAAACAAAAUAGUCCAAAUUGGUGAAGUGAAAUGAAAAAAAUAACUUGUUUCAAAGAAUUCGAAAAAAUAAAUAACGGAAAAGUGGUGCGUGCAUAUGUAUUCACCCCCUUUGCUAUGAAGCCCCUAAAUAAGAUCUGGUGCAACCAAUUACCUUCAGAAGUCACAUAAUUAGUUAAAUAAAGUCCACCUGUGUGCAAUCACAUGAUCUCAGUAUAUAUACACCUGUUCUGAAAGGCCCCAGAGUCUGCAACACCACUAAGCAAGAGGCACCACCAAGCAAGCAGCACCAUGAAGACCAAGGAGCUCUCCAAACAGGUCAGGGACAAAGCUGUGGAGAAGUACAGAUCAGGGUUGGGUUAUAAAAAAAUAUCAGAAACCUUGAACAUCCCACGGAUCACCAUUAAAUCCAUUAUUUAAAAAAUGGAAAGAAUAUGGCACCACAACAAACCUGCCAAAAGAGGGCCGCCCACCAAAACUCACAGACCAGGCAAGGAGGGCAUUAAUCAGAGAGGCAACAAAGAGACCAAAGAUAACCCUGAAGGAGCUGCAAAGCUCCACAGCGGAGAUUGGAGUAUCUGUCCAUAGGACCACUUUAAGCCAUACAAUCCACAGAGCUGGGCUUUACGGAGGAGUGGCCAGAAAAAAGCCAUUGCUUAAAGAAAAAAAUUAACAAACACAUUUGGUGUUCGCCAAAUGGCAUGUGGGAGACUCCCCAAACAUAUGGAAGGUACUAUGGUCAGAUGAGACUAAAAUUGAGCUUUUUGGCCAUCAAGGAAAACGCUAUGUCUGGUGCAAAUCCAACACCUCUCAUCACCCCGAGAACACCAUCCCCACAGUGAAGCAUGGUGGUGGCAGCAUCAUGCUGUGGGGAUGUUUUUCAUCGGCAGGGACUGGGAAACUGAUGAGAAUUUAAGGAAUGAUGGAUGACGCUAAAUACAGGGAAAUUCUUGAGGGAAACCUGUUUGUCUUCCAGAGACUUGAGACUGGGACGGAGGUACACCUUCCAGCAGGACAAUGACCUUAAGCAUACUGCUAAAGCAACACUCGAGUGGUUUAAGGGGAAACAUUUACAUGUCUUGGAAUUGCCUAGUCAAAGCCCAGACCUCAAUCCAAUUGAGAAUCUGUGGUAUGACUUAAAGAUUGCUGUACACCAGCGGAACCCAUCCAACUUGAAGGAGCUGGAGCAGUUUUGCCUUGAAGAAUGGGCAAAAAUCCCAGUGGCUAGAUGUGCCAAGCUUAUAGAGACAUGCCCCAAGAUACUUGCAGCUGUAAUUGCUGCAAAAGGUGGCUCUACAAAGUAUUGACUUUGGGAGGAGGGUGAAUAGUUAUGCACGCUCAAGUUUUCUGUUUUUUUGGUCUUAUUUCUUGUUUGUUUCACCACCAAAAAUAUUUUCCAUCUUCAAAGUGGUAGGCAUGUUGUAUAAAUCAAAUUAUACAAACCCCCCCAAAAUCAAUUUUAAUUCCAGGUUGUAAGGCAACAAAAUAGGAAAAAUACCAAGGGGGGUGAAUACUUUCGCAAGCCACUGUAUGAUACAAUGCGUCCAUAUGGCAGAGGGAGACACAAUAACUAGAGUGCGGAAGGCCUGCCCGCAGUCCCGCGAUAGAUAGCGCCACAUCUGUGCAAGCCCACCAUUCUAUCCCACUAGCCGAUGGUGGGCGAUGCAUUUUGCAGCAGCGUAGCAGGCCUAGUCAUUCACCGUGGUUCAAGUGCAACAGUCUAAGGGUGCUCUCUUUUUAGAUUUUAAUCAUUUUAAUUAAGAUUUUUAAGGUUAACCACAUUACAAUGAUUUUUAGAUACAAAGACGAUAGUAUAUUUUAGGAAAUAAAAUGAAAAAAUCUAUUUUUUCACCAGGCUUUUGGAAAUUCUCCCACAAUCCCAUUUUCAUAUCAGGCGACCCCUAGUUUGGGAACUGCUGCUAUAUAGCAUAAAUAUGAACAAUUUAUCUUAGAGCACUUCACUUUACAAAUGUGACUGUUGUGGACACUGCAUUGUAAACUAAUGUGGUUGCAUAUAAAGUCAGCAUGUGUGGCGUGUAACAGCAUGUGUGGUAGGUACAGGGCGUUGCUGUGCGCUGGUUGGUGGUUGACUCUGGCAUCAUGGCACCAUGCGCUCUAAGCCCUGUUGUAACAGCACAGCGGGUUGGGAGGCGGAGGCCGCUGGUAGACUGCUGUGUUCUGAGACCUUUCACAACCUCUCUCUGAUGAGGGCAGAGGGAACCCAGCUGGAGGGGUCAGGAGUCAGGACUCACCCUGCAGGCCCUUGUCCUAUGGGUUUGUUUAUGCUGCCUGGGGAAAGAUGUGCUGUUUGAGAGCGAUGGAGUGGAAGUGCCAUCCACCUGGUCCUCAGAGAUAAUGCUCUGUCUCUGAGGUCUCCGUGGCUUCUCUCUCUGAGCCCCUGCGUCCCCAAAGAUUAAAUGAGAGACGGCAGAGGACACGCAUGACGAGAUGAGACUUGAGUUGGGACAGUUGUGGAUCCGCUCUUGCUUCUCUGGGACUAAGUUCUCUCACUUUUAAUAUCUGUCUCUGUGUGUGUGUCUCUCUCGCCUCUCAGUUUUUCCAGAGGGCUCAGAUGCAGACAGCGCGGCCAACCAUCCCCACCAAUGCUUCAUCUCUGCGGCCCGGCUCUCAGAACCCAACAGCGGCGGUGUACCCCCCCAACCAGCCCACCAUGAUGAUGAUGGCCCCCAUGCCCUUCCCCUCCCCACAGGCUGCCCAGUACUACAUCCCACAGGUGAGACUGACUGACUAGGCUGCUGCUACUCUCCAGUAGACAUUAUUUUCUACCUAUUCCCCAACAUGGCUUUUAACCCUUUCUUCUAUUCUAUGCCCUCCGUUUCUCCCUCUACAGUAUCGCCACAGUACGCCCUAUGUGGGGCCUCCCCAGCAGUUUUCAGUGCAGCCGCCGGGGUCUGGCACUUUCUAUCCUGGCCCUGGGCCGGGGGAGUACCCUGCUCAGUAUGGUGAGUCUCCGCCAAGCACACACACAAACCCCACUAGUCUGAUUUAAAAUGGCUGUCUCCCUCCACAAAGCACACAUAUCUGUAGCCCUUUCUAGCACAAUUAUCUUCUUGUACAGACCCCUUCAACUCAGUUUGUUCCUCAGCUACACACACACACACACACACACACUGUACUCAGCUUUUCUUCUUCCUCCUCCCUGACACAGCUCCCGGACCUCAAUUCUAUCAAGGACAGCAGGUGUACCCCCCAUCACCCCCCAUCAUAGUGCCUACACCGCAGCAACCUCCACCAGCCAAGCGUGAGAAGAAACCAGUGAGUAUCUCAGCAAGCUGCCAUCUCCACACAGACAUCACACACUCCCUAUGUAUGUAAGCAUUACACAUACGGAUACACACACUAGCAUAGGCCAUCUGUGCUCAGUUAGGCACCAGCUCUUCUGUUUCCACAUGCAUACUGUGAGAGGAUAUGAGAAAUGAUCCCUGAUGAAGAGACAUUUCUGUAUCCACCAGCCUUUUUAACUUACAUUUUGAAACAGAAUAUUUAUUUUACAGAGAAGGUAUAUGAGGGAUGACCUGGGUUGAUUUAGAUCUAGGCUGCCAGGUGAGUUUUUCUGUGUGUGGAAGGAGGGUUUGUUUGAAAUGUAUGCCAGGCCUUAAUCUAUCUCUGUAACACUAGAAAAGCCGGGCCUGCCUCGAGGGACCCCACUUCGAGCCCAUGAGUAGUCAUUUUGACUGCAACAUUUUAACCAUCUGAUAAAUACAUUUCAUACAGUUCCUUCAUAAAGUAUUCAUACCCCUUGACUUAUUCCACAUUUUGUUGUUACAGCCUGAAUUCAGCCUGAAUUUUCUUACCCAUCUGCAUACAAUACCCCAUAAUGACAAAGUGAAAACAUGUUUUUAGAAAUGUUUGCUAAUUUAUUGAAAAAUAAAUACAGAAAUAUUUAAUUUACAUAAGUAUUCACACCCCUUUGCUAUUACACUCCAAAUUGAGCUCAGGUGCAUCAAAUUUAUUUUGUUCAUCCUUGAGAUGUCACUACAACUUGAUUGGUCGUCCACCUGUGGCCAAUUCAACUGUUUGGACAUGAUUUAGAAAGAAACACACCUGUCUACAUAAGGUCCCACAGUUGACAGUGCAUGUCAGAGCAGAAACUAUACCAUGAAGUCCAAGGAACUGUCCGUAGAUCUCCAAGAGAGAAUUGAGAUUAGGCAUAUCUUGGGAAGGGUAUAAAACCAUUUCGAGAGUGUUGAAAGUUUCCAAGAGCACAGUGGUCUCAAUUAUGGAACUACCCUUACUCUGCCUAGAGCUGGCCAUCUGACCAAACUGAGCAACCUGGAAAGAAGGACCUUGGUCAGGGUGGUGACCAGGAACCCAAUAUCCACUCUGAUAGAACUACAGAGUUCCUUGGCUGAGAUGGGAGAACCUGCCAGAAGGACAACAGUCUCUACAGCACCACCAAUCUGGGCUUUAUGGGGAGAGUGGCAAAAGAUUCUGUGGUCUGAUGAGAUAAAAAUUUAACUCUUUGGCCUGAAUGCAAUGCUCUAUGUCUGGAGAAAACCAGGUACAGCUCAUCACCAGUCUAACACCAUCCCUAUUAGGGUUGCACAUUUUGGUCAAUUUUAUAUAAAUCAAAAUGUCUUACCUGCAUGUGACAGUUUGAGGAUUUGAAGUCACUUCUCGGCACUCCGUUUCCCUGCCUCUGUGUUAAUUCCAAGCUGCACUGGCCCAUCUCUUCAUAUACAAUUUGACAAUUGAUAAUAAUGUCACCCAUCAGACUAUUGUCAAUUUAAUCUAGUCUUUAGGCUAACUAUUAUUAUAAGUGUGAAAUUAGUUUUGAUAUACAGGGAACUACCAAAAUACAGGGAACACUUGAGUAAAUGAGGGAUACAAAGUAUUUUGAAAGCAGGCGCUUCCACACGUGUGGUUCCUGAGUUAAUUACGCAAUUAACAUCCCAUCAAGGUCAUGUAUAUAAAAAUAUACCCAGUUGCCCAAUAUUUUGGCUACCAUGACUAGAAGAAGAGCUCUUUGACUUUGAAAGAGGGGUCUCUAAGGAGCAUAGGGGGUUUAAAGUGUGUGCGUGUGUUUCUCACCAGAUCUCAACCCAAUUGAACACUUAUGGGAGAUUCUGGAGCAGCGCCUGAGAUGGCGUUUUCCACCACCUUCAACAAAAAAACAAAUGAUGGAAUUUCUCACGCAAGAAUGGUGUUGCAUCCCUCCAAUAGACUUCCAGACACUUGUAGAAUCUAUGUCAAGGCGCAUUGAAGCUGUUCUGGCGGCUAUUAAGACACUAUGUUGGUGUUUCCUUUAUUUUGGCAGUUACCUGUAGUUGGGCCUCCUGUAGCUCAGUUGGUAGAGCAUGGCGCUUGCAACGCCAGGGUUGUGGGUUCGAUUCCCACGGGGGGUCACUAUGAAAAAUGUAUGCACUCACUAACUGUAAGUCGCUCUGGAUAAAAGCGUCUGCUAAAUGACUAAAAUGUAAAAUGUAGUUUCGAUGGGCCAUCAGCUGCGCAGGCUGACUGGUGAUGAAUGAGGGGAAGAAAUUACGUCUUCAUAAAACUGCUUAUAACACAAAUAAUGUUUGUGAUAUCGAAAGUCUAACAACAUACAUGUGUUGAAUAUACUUAUUUAGGAAAAGUCAAGGAUGGAAGGGUGAUGACUUUAAAAAUGGCUUUAAUCCAGGGUCAGGGGGAAACAUUAAGGUAUUCAGAAAUAUUUUGCUGUUCAGUUUGAAGACCCAAAUGAAAAUAGAUUAUCUUUCCAAAACCCCUUUUAAAUGCCUCUACUGAAAUGUUAAGCUUUUUCUCUCUCCAUUUGCACUAGAUGAAUAAGAAUGUCUGAAAUGUUUGGUCACAUGUAUUAAUGCUGCUUUAGACUCAGUCAGUACUCCUGUACACUACACGCUCCACUGUUUUGAAUGGCUGGGGGAGGGUUGCUCUGAGACACUGGCGCUUUAGUGAGAUGGCGUUCCUUUUGUGUCAUUGUCCUCCCAGAUCCGUAUCCGUGACCCCAAUCAGGGCGGCAGGGACAUCACAGAGGAGAUCAUGGCAGGGGGCACAGGGAGCCGGAAUCCAACCCCCCCUGUCGGACGACCCUCCUCCACCCCCACCCCUCCGCAGGUAAGUACACAUCUACUCUCAUGCUACCUGCUCUUAGGCUUAAUGCUCUCUCUCACACACACACACACACACACACAGAGACAGACACACACAGGGUGCCAUGGUGUGCCACUGGCCUACUGAACUGACUGACUGACUGACUGACUGACUGACUGACUGACUGACUGACUGACUGAGAGCGAGAGACAGACAGACAGACAGACAGACUGAGAGACAGACAGACAGACAGACAGACAGACAGCGAGAGACAGACAGACAGAGAGCGAGAGACAGACAGACAGAGAGCGAGAGACAGACAGACAGAGAGCGAGAGACAGACAGACAGAGAGCGAGAGACAGACAGACAGAGAGCGAGAGACAGACAGAGAGCGAGAGACAGACAGACAGACAGACAGAGAGCGAGAGACAGACAGACAGACAGAGAGCGACAGACAGACAGAGAGCGACAGACAGACAGACAGACAGACAGACAGACAGACAGACAGACAGACAGACAGAGAGCGAGAGACAGACAGACAGACAGAGCGAGAGACAGAGCGAGCGAGCGAGCGAGCCAUGCACCAGACCAGGCACAUUUUCCUCUGUCUGUACUAAUCCAUCCUCUGCCAUACUGCAUUAGACACAGCCAGCCACAUAGACUUCAGCCACUGUCACUGACCCACUGAUCUGCACCUAACACACUUACCUGGCCUUAGGUUCACAACCUUUGCUAUUCAAUUUGAGUAACAGAAAACCAUGGCUAUUUUACAAUGGCGACCUAAACACACUGUAUUUCAUUGGUCAUAGUUGGUUAUCAUAUUCAUCUUGGACACACAGAUAUAUGGCUUACACAUCUAUACCUACUAGUACCUACCUGCAUGUAUCAGUGUAUCUCCUCCCUCUCUUCUGGUACAGUAAAUGUUAUGGAACAUGUCGUUUCUGCUUUCUGUCCCUCCAUGAAGAAUCCAGAAAUAAGAUUUUCUUAUUUAUUCAAACAAAAUGAGUCAUUGCUGAAUGCAUUCUCAUAGAAAUGGGCAAUCAUCUUAAAUUACAGUUCUUGUUCUGGAUUUUGUGGAGGGAAUUCUUUUGUUGUGACACUUCCUCCCUGUCCUCUCCUUGGACGUUAACAGUGUCUUUUUCCUCUCUUUCUCGGUCUUUUGUCCUUUCUUUUUACGCUCCCUUUUUGUUGCUUUGUUUUAACUUGUGUGCCUCCAUUUCCCGGUCAUUCACUCUCCACUACUCUUGCUCUCUUUCUUUUUUGCAUCUUCAUCUUCUCCUUUGUUCCCUUUUUGCCUUCUUUCCUUGGUUGCCGUCUCUCCUUUCUUAUCUUUUCCUUGGCCAAUGUUUCUAACCACACCCACUGGUUUCCUUGUUUCCGCUUAAUUCUAUUUUUGUGCUCGUUUGUGCUUAUUUGUCUGUCUUUCCAUGUUGCUAGUUUUUAUGGCCGCACCCUCAUUAUCCUCACAUUUUCUACCUCAAAUCGCAGCAGCAGCAGCCGAGCGGCAGCCAAACUCCGGAGCAGGGCCAAGGCCAGGCCCACCCAGCCUACAGCUUGGAGCCUCCCAAGCAGCAGCAGCCACAGCAGCCCACGCCUGGGGCUGCAGACAGCAAACCAGGGCCAGGUCUGACCCUCACCCCUCCAACCUCCAGGCACAAUACAGCUCUGCUCUGAGAGCAGAGGCCUAAGCAAGAAAAAGCUUUUUAGAACCUGAACGUUGACUCUGUGAAGAGAAUGGCACAAAAAAUGGUCUCUUGUGUUUAAUGUCAGUGUUAUCUCUUCUCUUUUCCAGUAUAUGAUAAAUUGGAGACUGUUAUCCGGAAGUCUUCCUCUCCUGGGCUUGGACAACCAGAACCUUCUAUCGAGUGGCGAGAGGCCAGUGCACCUGUAACUGCCCCAUCUCCCCCCGUAGAACCAGAGCUUCCCUCUCCUGCUCCAGUGAUGGUGGCCCCCAUCCCUGCCCCUCGUCCUGUUGCCAGCCCCAACCCCUGUGAGCAGCCCUCUGCAGUAGAGCCUGCUACUCCCACUCCCUCCUCUGCAGCUGAGCCCAAGACCCUGCCACCCACGACUCAGUCCCAGACUCCAAACAUAGUGGAGCCUCUUCCAGAAGCCCCACACACCCUGGCUGCUUCCCCCGCCCCCACCCUAACCCCUAAAGCUUUGAAUGGCCAUGCUGACACUGGGGCUGAGCUAGACACCCAGGCCCAGGAGCCCUCCCACCAAGCUCCCUCUCCCUCCCCACCCCAGCCCCAGGCUUCAGCCCCGGUCUCCAGAGAAGACUGUAGUGAGGCUGUGCCCAGUGAGGUGAGGGCAGAGAUGCCCCCUGCUGUCACGGACCCUAUCGCACCCAUCGCUGUAGUACCAGUCACUCUGACCAUCAACCCUGCGCCUGCUUUUCCAGCACCUCCCCCUGGCCUUCCGCCACUAGUGCAGGCCACAGCGGAGCCCAGCAAGCCCUCCGACACUAAAGACGUCCCUCUCAAAGCAGGGACAGAAGCACUCAUAACACCAGACAGCAAGCCUGAACCACAGCUACAAACCCUCUCCAGAAAGAGUCCCACUACAGGUAUGUACAUAGCCAUAGGUACAGAUAUGACAGUGUGAAUGUCACAUGGAUACCUGUGUGUAUACUAUAAAUAAACAGUUAAAGGUUGCUGCUGGACACAACUAAGACUGUCCACGGUUAUAGAAUCUCAGUUUCAAACAGGAUCAGUGCUGAGCUCAGCACAGUGCUUACACUAACAGCUGGAGUUCAUGGUUACGCUGAGAAGGCGGCCACUAUUUUCUGCUAGUAAAAGUAUCUAGUCAUAGAUUUUUAGUGGAUGCAAUUUUGGGUAAAUUGUUAGCCUAUAGCCGACUUUAAAAUGUAUUUGCUGUUGUUUUCUCUGCAGGAUGUCAGACUGCUCCUGCUGCACCAAAGACCUGGAAGAAACCAAAUGAAGGGAGUCCUGUUGGAGACGCACCACAGAGGGAGACUGAGGUAAGCGAUGACCCUUCUUAUUCACUCACUGCAGGGGAACAGGAGGAGGAGAUGGAGGGGUUGGGGGAGCAUAAACAGAGUAGAUGGAGAUGAGGGAGAGCGAUUAUGUGGGGAAUAGUUCAAAUGGAAAAUGUUUCCACAUGUGUGGUGGUGGAACACAGACAUGAAUGACUUGAAGUGGUGUUAUCGUCAGAGUAUGUUGGCAAGGAGUUAUCCAUCAUGAUCAGUGUUCCCAGCCGCCUCUGUGAAGGCAGCUCUGUCCCUCUAUCUCACCCCCUCUGCUUCCCCUCCCUCCUGCAGGAGGAGCUCAAGCCUGUGGAAGAUGCUGCUGGAGACCAGGCCCUGCAGCCCGCCAGGAGCUGCAGCACCUCACCUCCACCCUCAGCAGCGCCUCCAGUCCUGGAGGCAGAGGAGAGGCCCCCAGUCCCUGAGGAAAACGGGGAGGCUGAGCCCAUGAGGAACGGAGCAGGGCACACCUCGGAGACGGAGAGCAGUGACAGCGGGGCCACCCCUGGGGACAAUGAGGGCUCAACAGGAGCACCCCCAGACCUCUUCCAGGAAGGUAGGGGGCGGUUAUUAGCCUCAGUUUCAUUAGUGUCUCUCGCUUAGUUUUCACAAUCAACAGUCAUACUACCUUUGCACAGUAUGAGAUGAGCAGGGCUGUUUUCCUCACCUCUCUCUCAUUAUUUCCUCAGAUCUGGAGACCAACGGGAAGCGUCAGUACAAACGGGACUUCCUGCUGGGCUUUCAGUUCAUGGCUGCCUGUACACAGAAGCCAGACGGGCUGCCUCAGAUCAGUGAUGUUGUGCUGGACAAGGUGUGUGAAGAGUGGGCUGAGCAGAGCUUCAACCUAGUGGUCAGAAUGAGUUAGCUGUGAGCAAGGCCCUAAACCACACAAUAAAUAUUCAGGACUAUAAAUGGAUAGUGUAAGAUGUUUAAAAAAGUAAGUUGCUUUUGAAAAAAGCUCUCAAGUGAAAGGGUUAUUUGUAUGGAGCAAACAGUGUGAGUAGCCUUAUUUAAUCCCUUUAGUCAAUACAUGACCCGAUGUAUGAUUUUUUUUUUUAGCUAUUCAUUGUAAUAGUCAUUAUGAAAUGAUAUGCUUCUGGUAAAUUAAUCUCCCUCUGCUGCACACUGACGGAUCCAAUAGUGGCUAGCCCAUAGACAUCCUGUUUUGAUUAAAAUCACAUAGCUAUUAUGUAACACUUGGCAGUGUUGAUAAUUCAGCCCCAGAAAAGGAGCAAUAGACUGGCUCCCUGGGAGUCAUAUUUUUCUCCCUGAGAAAAUGUUCACUGGAGGAGAGUACUAAGGGAAGUCAAGGACAGCUGAGAGAGCUGGAGUUGUUCUCCCCCUUCCCCCACAACGUUCCCUUCACUCCUCCUUCCACAUCUGGUUCUGACUUCACUCACUGCGCCAGUCACAAAAUUAGUUAAACAGAAUUUAUCAAAAGCAUAGCAGAUACAUAUAAAACAACAUACACAGUGGUGAACUAAGACUGGGAUUGAGAAUCCACCACCUCUCAGUGAACACCAGUGGGAUAGACCUGAAAGGAGCUGGAUCUGACCUGUCUCUUUCGCCCCAGUGGUAGGCCGAUUCCAGCCCCUACCUCAGGCACUUCUAAAAGGACUUGAUAUGUCUAAGCAAUAAGGUAGUACCUCCCUACCUUACACUCUGAUAGGCACCAUUUUGAUUCUAUCUAUCAUGUUUAAGAUCUCCACAAGUGCGUAGGGAAUCAGGGCUAGUAGGGGUUGUUUCUGGACCUGGCCACAGCCACUGCUCUCCCCAUAUGGCUCACAGUGUUAGAGGAUCACUGCUCCCCCUGCUGUUCAGCUGACUCACUGUCUCCAUCGCUCUCUCCCUGUGUCUCUCUGCAGAUAAACCAAAACAAGCUGCCAACCCGGGCGGUGGAAUCCAGGGUGAUCUCCCGAGGCCCUGACUUCACACCGGCCUUCGCUGACUUUGGCAGACAGAUGAGUGGAGGACGCGGUGGAGCUGCAGUGAGUCACGCACACGCUCACUCACAGGCUCACGUACAGUGGCUUGCGAAAGUAUUCCCCCCCUUGGCAUUUUUCCUAUUUUGUUGCCUUACAACCUGGAAUUAAAAUUGAUUUUUGGGGGGUUUGUAUCAUUUGAUUUACACAACAUGCCUACCACUUUGAAGAUGCAAAAUAUGUUUUUUUGUGAAACAAACAAGAAAUAAGACAAAGAAACAAAACUUGAGCGUGCAUAACUAUUCACUAUUUUCUUUAAGCAAUGGCUUUUUUCUAGCCACUCUUCCGUAAAGCCCAGCUCUGUGGAGUGUACGGCUUAAAGUGGUCCUAUGGACAGAUACUCCAAUCUGCGCUGUGGAGCUUUGCAGCUCCUUCAGGGUUAUCUUUGGUCUCUUUGUUGCCUCUCUGAUUAAUGCCCUCCUUGCCUGGUCCGUGAGUUUUGGUGGGCGGCCCUCUCUUGGCAGGUUUGUUGUGGUGCCAUAUUCUUUCCAUUUUUUUAUAAUGGAUUUAAUGGUGCUCCGUGGGAUGUUCAAAGUUUCAGAUAUUUUUUUAUAACCCAACUCUGAUCUGUACUUCUCCACAACUUUGUCUCUGAGCUGUUUGGAGAGCUCCUUGGUAUUCAUGGUGCCCCUUGCUUGGUGGUGCCCCUUGCUUAGUGGUGUUGCAGACUCUGGGGCCUUUCAGAACAGGUGUAUAUAUACUGAGAUCAUGUGAUUGCACACAGGUGGACUUUAUUUAACUCAUUAUGUGACUUCCGAAGGUAAUUGGUUGCACCAGAUCUUAUUUAGGGGCUUCAUAGCAAAGGGGGUGAAUACAUAUGCACGCACCACUUUUCCGUUAUUUAUUUUGUAUAAUUUCUUGAAACAAGUUAUUUUUUUCAUUUCACUUAACCAAUUUGGACUAUUUUGUGUAUGUCUAUUACAUGAAAUCCAAAUAAAAAUCUAUUUAAAUUACAGGUUGUAAUGCAACAAAAUAGGAAAAACGCCAAGGGGGAUGAAUACUUUUGCAAGGCACUGUAAUUACUACCGUUCUGCCUGACACAAACCAAUCUCUUUCUCAAAUAAUGUAUCUUGUCUUUGUUACUUCUCUCUCUCUCUCUCUCUCUGACUCGCUCUUUCUCUCUCACACACACACACACAGAAUAUUACUUCUGGUAUAGUAAUAAACAACAACAUCGCUGGGCUGGUAUCAUAGUGAGAUAAAUGAAUCAUAGGGAAUGAUUUGCAUCUCUUGUUUGUUUGCUAGGGAAUACUCAUUUCCCAAAGUCAUACUCAUUCAAGGAAAGUUGUGAAUUAGACUUCAGCACACAACCCAAGCCUUUUAUCUGAGGAGGCUUGGCGAUGUGUGUGUUGUUGGUAGCGAGCUGCAGAAGUGACGUGUUGUUCUGUCUCCUCUCUCCUCCAGCAGAUGAUUAACAUGGGGGGGGGUGCCCGGCGGCCCCCGCCCAGGAAGAUUAUCCUGAACGUGUCGGCAAAUGAAGAGGUGCAACUGAAGAAGGCUGAGAAUGCCUGGAAACCCGGCAUGAAGAGGGCGGGGCCAUCAGACGACCCUGAGGUCGUUACAACACAGGUAGGAGGAGCAAAACCUUUAAUCUGACACACCCACACAGUCAAUCAAAAACGCACACCUUACUCAACCACAGUGACUCCACACAGGAAAGUAAUGUUGUGACCAAGGAGUUGUCAAGAGACCAAAGAUGAAAUGAAGUGUGAGUGAAUUUUCACAUCAAUAAAUGAUGAUGAUGUUGUUGCCAUGCCAGGAGCUCUUCCGGAAGGUGCGCAGUAUCCUCAACAAACUGACGCCUCAGAUGUUCAACCAGCUGAUGAAGCAGGUGACGGACCUCACCAUCGACACGGAGGAGCGCCUCAAGGGCGUUAUCGACCUGGUCUUUGAGAAGGCCAUCGACGAGCCCGGCUUCUCUGUGGCCUAUGGGAACAUGUGCCGCUGCCUCACCACGGUAUGUUAAGCUCAGCUCACUGUCGUUCAGACAUGAUUAUCUGUGGUUCCUCUGAAUGCUGCUAGCCAACAUCAAAAUAUAAUCUGUACAUGGGUCCUCUUAAGCCCCAUAAACAUUCAGCAAAAUGUCCCUAAAGGUAUAUUUCUGCCCCCCUUUUCACUCUUUCUAGACCUCAUCUCCCGUUCAAUUCUCAGUUUUUCUUUACUCUGCUCUUUCCCCCUAUAUCUCUGUCCCUCUAACCAAAUUUCUCGUUACCUCUGUUAUUCUCCAGCUCAAAGUGCCCAUGACGGACAAACCCGGAACCACAGUGAACUUCCGCAAACUGCUGCUCAACCGCUGUCAGAAGGAGUUUGAGCGGGACAAGGUGGACGACGUGGUGUUUGAAAGGAAACAGAAGGAACUUGACUCUGCACAGGUACCUAAACCCCAAACACACACUACCCAGAUCACUAAUCUGUCUGUCACAUUGUAGUAGGGGAAUACAGAGCAGAGAAUUCUAUGGGACUGAUGUGUUGUGAAGAGUUAGUGGGGGCUCAUUGUUAGUUAGCUCUGACAAUCUACUCUCCAUUUCCUCUCCAGUCCAGUGAUCAAGAGAGACUACGGUUGGAGCUGGAGGAGGCCAAGGACAAGGCCCGCCGGCGCUCCAUAGGAAACAUCAAGUUUAUCGGGGAGCUGUUCAAACUCAAGAUGCUGACAGAGGCCAUCAUGCACGACUGCGUGGUCAAGCUGCUGAAGAACCAUGACGAGGAAUCGCUGGAGUGCCUGUGCAGGCUGCUCACAACCAUCGGCAAGGACCUGGACUUUGAGAAGGCCAAGGUGAGACAUGGGGAGUGCACGGGAGAGGAGGGAGCUUAAAUGACUUCCAGCUGGUCGUAUGAGGAAGCCUCUGAGGCCUGGGGGGAAGGAAGCCUCUGAGGCCUGGGGGGAUGUGGGUGAGGAGACAUGGGUGAAGACAUCUCACUGCUCCCUCUCGUCUGCUGUUGUCUGACCUGUUUUAACCUGCUGCUGGCCAAAGGAAAGGCUCCUACACACUUACCAGUGUUCACCCUCUUUGGGCUCUGCCAGAGUUUUAAGAAUCUCUGUUGUCCUCAUUUUUACAAAUGCUGUAAUGGUGUAUAUCUGGCACAUUUAGCCCUGAGACGGUAAAUCACAUUUAGUAGUAUGUGUUUUAUAGGCUAAGAAAAAAGGCUUUUGUUGUACCUGCUCCCAAACUGCUCGGUUUAGUCUGGGGCAAUACUAUAUCACACUGAAUUGCGAAAUGGAGUGGAAUUAAAUGAAAUGAGACCGUCUGGCUGUCCACUGGAGUGAAUAGUGAGAAUUUUGUAUGCAUACAUCACUUUGCAUUGACCCUUCAUCUCUCUCUUUCUUGACAUAGCCUCGCAUGGAUCAGUAUUUCAAUCAGAUGGAGAAAAUUGUCAAGGAGCGGAAGACGUCGUCUCGGAUACGGUUUAUGCUGCAGGACGUGAUAGACCUCCGAUUGGUAAGUGUGUGUAUGUGUGCAUACUUGAGCUUUGUGGUUGUGUGUUGUCUGUGCACCUCAGCUCACCAGUGAGGGUGCAGUUUUCAUUAAAAUAAAUCGGAGAAAACAAAUGCUCAUUUUCAGUUCUUCAUGCGGGCUCCCUGAGCAGACCAGUAAUUCACUCUGAGGAAGAAAACAACAGACUAAUCAGUUAGAUUUCAGCAUGCAUAGCCAUCAACAAAAUACUGCUGUGCCUUUGGGGCUCCUUGACUGUAGGCCAAUUGUGUUGUACGCAGUUCAGUAAUUGAAAACACCAGAUUUUCUCUCUGGGGAAACUCCUUGCGUAGGUCUAACACAGCUAUUUUCCUCCAGCACAACUGGGUGUCCAGGAGAGCUGACCAGGGCCCCAAGACCAUCGAGCAGAUCCACAAAGAGGCCAAGAUCGAGGAGCAGGAGGAGCAGAGGAAGGUGCACCAGCAGCUCCUCUCCAAAGACACCAAGAGAAGGCCAGGUUAGCCAGGGCCCAUGGGCUAAAUCCUCGAAGGCUUAGAGCUACACUGGCAUCCCCCCCCCCCCCCCCCCCCCCCCCCAUAGCCUGCAGACUCAGAGACGCUAGAGUGGCCCACAGUGGUCAGAAAGUUCCCCUACUCUCCCAUCUGUCAACUCACCCCACAGUAUUCUCUCAAGCCUGGAGCAUGAGUUGCGGUCACUUUAAUUUGUCUUUAAUAAACCCAUUGACAUCUCGUCCCUCCUGUGUGUGUUCCCUCUGUCCUCCAGAGCAACAGCAGCGAGAGCAGCAGAGAGAACAGCAGAGGGAGCAGCGUGUGCAGCAGAGAGAGGAGACCUGGAACACUGUGCCCAUGACCAAGAACAGCAGGACAAUCGACCCCACCAAGAUCCCCAAGAUCUCCAAGGUCAGCCACUAAAACACCUGUAGACCUCAACUUUUGAUUGACUCUUUUGGGUGGUUUACCAUGGAGGUUCACUGGUGUUUUAAGUGUACUCAAUUUUAAUUACAAAAUGGUGUCUGUCAAUUUAUGUUAGGUUACUUCAAGUCUGUUCAAGUUGGAUGACAUGAGUCAGCCUGACUUAUGUUUACCUCAUCAAUGAAGAGUUAUGUCCUCAUUAGUCUGCAAGCACAAGUCUUUAUGAACAUUUUUCCAUAUGUAUUAGUUAAACUGUCUUCCUUGCUGCCAACUAUACUGAACAACAAUAUAAACUCAACAUGCAACAAUUUCAACGAUUUUACUGAGUUACAGUUCAUAUAAGGAAAUCAGUCAAAAUAAAUAAAUAAAUUAGGCCUUAAUCUAUGGAUUUAAUAUAUGGAUUUCACAUCACCAUGGGAGGGCCUGGAAUGGCAAAGGCCCACCCAGUGGGGAGCCAGGCCCAGCCAAUCAGAAUUAGUUUUUCCCCACAAAAGGGCUUUAUUACAGACAGAAAUAGUCCUCAGUUUCAUCAGCUGUCAGGGUGGCUGGUCUCAGAUGAUCCCGCAGGUGAAGAAGCCGGAUGUAAGGGGUCCUGGGCUGGUGUGGUUACACGAGGUCUGCGGUUGUGAGGCCGGUUGGACGUACUGCCAAAUUCUCUAAAACGACGUUGGAGGUGGCUUAUGGUAGAGAAAUGAACAUUAAAUUAUCUGGCAACAGCUCUGGUGGACAUUCCUGCACUCAGCAUGCCAAUUGCACGCUCCCUCAAAACUUGAGACGUCUGUGGCAUUGUAUUGACCCCAGCACAAGGUUCACCUGUGUAAUGUUCAUGCUGUUUAAUCAACUUCUUGAUAUGCCACACCUGUCAGGUGGCUGGAUUAUAGGGGUGUAACGAUUCGUUUUAACAACGAUUCGAUUUGUAUCACGAUUCGUGGUUGUCGAUACGAUUCAAGGACGAUAUUGGUUCAUUUAGAACGAUACGAUCCGAAACGAUUCAGUGACUUGAAAUCGAUUCAGUAACCUUUUAGCCAAAAAUUCAACCAGUGUGACUAAAAUAAAUACCUGGAUACUGGACAGUGCAGGUGAAGUUUCCUAGAUUCCUGUUUCUUGUAAGGACCGCAAUGGUGGCUUGAUAAUUUCUCGCUCGUCGGCUUCUCCUCUGUCGUCCGCCAUGCUAUGUUUUGUUGUCUUUGCGCCUUUGCGCUGCUGUUGGCGCGAUGACGUCACGGAUAGGCAGACUGAAUCGAGUAAUGUUUAAAGCCUUUAUCAUUAAAAGUGCUAAGAAAAAACAUCCAUAUAAAGUCUGACGUGCUUAAAUCCAAUGGGUUAUUUCCUAGUAUCGAUACAAUCGAUUUAUUACAUUUUAAAACGAUGUUAGAUCGAUAUAUGUUGUCCAAAAGGCCAACUCGCCGAGCACAGAUCGAUGUAGUUGGAUCAUAGGAAUAUAAAUCGAUACAUCGAUGUAGUAGAUGGAUCGUUACACCCCUACUGGAUUAUCUUGGCAAAGGAGAAAUGCUCAGGAACGGGGAUGUAAACAAAUUUGUGCACACAAUUUGAGAGAAAUAAUGUUUUUGUGCGUAUGGAAAAUUGCUGGGAUCUUUUAUUUCAGCUCAUGAAACAUGGGACUAACGUGUUGCAUUUAUGUUUUUGUUCAGUAUAGUAGAUGAAACACUACUGUGUUGUAAUGUCUAUACUGCAUUAGGCAUCUCAUCACGUAUAGGAAUCCUGUGGUUCUUCAUCCCUGUCCUCAAAUGAUACUGUUCUCACCCCUGUCUAUCUUCUGAAAACAUCUGAAACCCUACCUCUUCAAAGAGUAUUUUAAAUAAUCCCCCCCCCCCCCCCCCCCCCCCCCCCAAAAAAAAAAAGCCUUUAGUGAACUAACACUCGCACUUGACUUUUUUCCCCCUCCUUACUAGCUCAGACUUUGCUGGUAGCUACUUCAUUGAGGAAAAAUCUAUUUACUAUGACUGUGAUGUGUGGUUGUCCCAUCUAGCUAUUUUAAGAUGAAGGCACUAACUGUAAAUCACUCUGGAUAAGAGCUUCUGCUAAAUGACUAAAAUGUAAAUGUAUUGGUGAAAUGAUACAGGUCCACCUGCCGGAUAGUUGGGGUACAACCACACCCAGCCUUGCAUACUGGAGCAUGGCUCCCCCUGCCAUACAUACUGUGUGUCAGUACCAAUGAUGUAUGAGGCAGCUCUCCAUUCUCCUCAGAGACUGUUGGUCAUUAUAGCGUUGUAGGCCCAGAUCACAUGAUAUGAGUAUUGGAAGGUGAACUGUUUCUGUCUGUUAUCAUCCUGUUUAGCCUCAGAUGGAUGAGAAGAUCCAACUGGGACCACGGGCCUCACUCAACUGGAUGAAGGGCAGCAGUGGAGGGGCCAAGGCCAGUGACUCUGGUGAGGAGACAUUAGGGCUGGGCGAUAUAUAGAAUACAUUUUUGUUUGUUUUAUUCGAAAUGCCUGUAUUGCAAUAAUCACGGUUAUUUUGUUUCUCGUUUUUAUGAGCGCUUCUAUACUAUACAUGCUGUUCUCAUGUUGUCUUCUGGUCUCGUCUCCUUCGCUCGCUCUGCUGUGACUGUGCUCCUUCCCAUUUACACACACCAAGCCCUCCUCUUGCCACUCACAACAACAAAGAUGGAAGAUGGCUUCUUCCUCUCUGACAACAAGCGGUUUCAACCCGCUAUUUGCAUUUGAGGUUUGGUCCAACAGAAUCGGUCAUAUGGACACCGAAACAAAUGAAGACAUUAUUUAACUGUAAUAGAUGAGAACUUAACCUUUCUAACGAUACCUGAAUUCCUUAGAUUAUUGCUGACUGUUUGAAAUGCAGUGUAUUUUGCUAAACUUAUUUAGAGAAAAAAUCUACAUACAGUCAUGGCCAAAAUUGUUGGCACCCCUGAAAUUUUUCCAGAAAAUGAAGUAUUUCUCACAGAAAAGUAUUGAAAUUACACAUGUUUUGCUAUGCACAUGUUUAUUUCCUUUGUGUGUAUUGGAAUAACACAAAAAAAACAGGAAAAAAGCAAAUUUGACAUAAUUUCACACAAAACUCAAAAAAUGGGCCGGACAAAAUGAUUGGCACCCUUAACUUAAUAUUUAGUUGCACACCCUUUGGAAAAAAUAACUGAAAUCAGUCGCUUCCUAUAACCAUCAAUAAGCUUCUUACACCUCUCACCCGGAAUUUUGGACCACUCUUCUUUUGCAAACUGCUCCAGGUCUCUCAUAUUGGAUGGGUGCCUUUUCCCAACAGCAAUUUUAAGAUCUCUCCACAGGUGUUCAAUGGGAUUAAGAUCUGGACUCAUUGCUGGCCACUUCAGAACUCUCCAGCGCUUUGUUGCCAUCCAUUUCUGGGUGCUUUUUGAAGUAUGUUUGGGGUCAUUGUCCUGCUGGAAGACCCAUGAUCUCGGACGCAAACCCAGCUUUCUGACACUGGGCCCUACAUUGCGACCCAAAAUCCUUUGGUAAUCCUCAGAUUUCAUGAUGCCUUGCACACAGUCAAGGCACCCAGUGCCAGAGGCAGCAAAACAACCCCAAAACAUCUUUGAACCUCCACCAUAUUUGACUGUAGGUACUGUGUUCUUUUCUUUGAAGGCUUCAUUACAUUUUCGGUAAACAGUAGAACGAUGUGCUUUACCAAAAAGCUCUAUCUUGGUCUCAUCUGUCCAUAAGACGUUCUCCCAGAAGGAAUUUGGCUUACUCAUGUACAUUUUGGCAAACUGUAGUCUUGCUUUUUUAUGUCUCUGUGUCAGCAGUGGGGUCCUCCUGGGUCUCCUGCCAUAGUGUUUCAUUUCAUUCAAAUUUCGACGUAUAGUUCGCGCUGACACUGAUGCACCCUGAGCCUGCAGGACAGCUUGAAUUUCUUUGGAACUUGUUUGGGGCUGCUUAUCCACCAUCCGGACUAUCCUGCGUUGCAACCUUUCAUCAAUUUUUCUCUUCCGUCCACGUCCAGGGAGAUUAGCUUCAGUGCCAUGGGUUGCAAACUUCUUGAUCAUGUUGCGCACUGUGGACAAAGGAACAUCUAGAUCUCUGGAGAUGGACUUGUAACCUUGAGAUUGUUGAUAUUUUUCCACAAUUUUGGUUCUCAAGUCCUCAGACAGUUCUCUUUUCCUCUUUCUGUUCUCCAUGCUUAGUGUGGCACACACAGAAACACAAUGCAAAGACUGAGUCAACUUCUCUCCUUUUUAUCUGCUUUCAGGUGUGAUUUUUAGAUUGCCCACACCUGUUACUUGCCCCAGGUGAGUUUAAAGGAGCAUCACAUGCUUGGAACAAACUUAUUUAUCCACAAUUUUGAAAGGGUGCCAAUAACUUUGUCCGGCCCAUUUUUUUUAGUUUUGUGUGAAAUUAUGUCAAAUUUGCUUUUUUCCUGUUUUUUUUUUGUGUUAUUCCAAUACACACAAAGGAAAUAAACAUGUGCAUAGCAAAACAUGUGUAAUUUCAAUACUUUUCUGUGAGAAAUACUUCAUUUUCUGGAAAAAUUUCAGGGGUGCCAACAAUUUUGGCCAUGACUGUAUAUCAUGAAUCACCCAUAAGUUUGAAAAACUUAGGCCAUAUCGCCCAGCCCUAGGAGACAUACUGUCAGACAGCUCUAGUUAGAUACCUGUCCUCUGUACAGGGUUCUAGCGUAGGAUGGGUUAUGGAUUGGGGACAUUCUUUCAACCUACCUUUACUUGACGACAUUUCCUUCAUUCUCUGUUUAGAAAGCAUCAGCGUCUUAUAAAUGCCUGUGUCCAGUUGUAGGUGGAACUUUGAUAAUGAGGUAAUACUCAGAGAAUAAAUCCACUUUUUGUACCGAGUGCCUCUUGCGUUUGUAUAAAUAUUUGUUUGGGUCGUGCUGUCAUCUUCUACAUGUGGCUGCAGCUGACUAUUUCUUGCAAAGAUGUUGGGAAAUGCGAGAUGUCCAGCAGCUAAAAUAGCGAGGGAACUCCUCACUCGGUGCAAAAAGUGGAUUUCAUAUUUUUAUGAAUAUUCUCUGGUUUUUGGAGUUCCACCUGCAACUAGUAACAGGAGUUUUUAAGACCACGCCAAGUUAAGGUCGGUUGAAUCUUGUACUGUAUUGUCUAUGUACCAUCUGCUCGACCUCAGACACAAGCUAAAGCUUUAGAUAUGCCACAGCGGUUCAUGCCUGCUUGGCUAACCAUAACACACACACACACACACACACACACUGGUGAUGCAGGUGAACUAGUCAUACUUGUGUCUUGGAUUAAAUUUAAUUUCUGCUGCUUCAUUUUGUUUCCUAUCAGAAUUAUCCCGGUCUGGUGGUGGUGGCGCCAGUUUAAACCGGUACUCUGCACUCCAGUCCACCCCAUCUCAUCAAACCACCCCACCCGCACAGAACCCAGAGUAUGACACUAGAAGAACCUUGGGCAGGUAAUGAUCACAUUUUGAAACUUGUGUACUAUGGAUUUGGUCUCAUUUCAGGGCAAAACAUUCUCUCAUGUUGUGUGUGUUUUCUCCUCCCAGUCGAAGCAGUGCAGGGAGAGAGCGAAGUGAGAAGCCCCUGAGCCCAGCUCCGUCGCGGCCCGGUUCCUUCGUCCGAGGUGGCAGUGCCAAGGAGCUUCUGGAGAGCCCGGCCCUGAGCCCUGAGGAACCCCGCAGAGAGCUGGAGAGCCCCAGGAGGCCCAGCGUCAGCGAGGACAAGACUGAGCCAGAGCGCAGCAGUGCCAGGGAGCCUGGUGAGGGAACAGGACCGUUCUAGACUGACUAAACAUACGAAGUCAGUGGACACACACUCACUCACACACUCCAUAAGGGGAGCACUCUUGUAAUGGUGUUCUUUCCCAUACAGUGAAAGCAGAGCCUGUGGUGGCCCAGUCUCCAGACAGACCUGCCCUCUCUGAGGAGGAGAUGGAGAGGAAGUCCAAAGCUAUCAUUGACGAGUUCUUACACAUCAACGACUAUAAGGUGCAGUCAUUUAAUAAUGCUAUUAUAUUGCACACUGUAUGUGAAUGCUUUUGUAUUUUACUCUCUACAGGAUGUUUGUAAAACAAAGAUAUGUUUUUGUUGUGUUCUCUGUAGGAGGCUGUGCAGUGUGUGGAUGAGCUGGACCUGUCAUCUCAGCUCCAUGUAUUUGUCCGUGUGGGGGUGGAGUCCACUCUGGAGCGCAGUCAGAUCACACGGGACCACAUGGGCAAGCUUCUCUUCCAGUUGGUGCAGCAGGACAUCCUGCCCAAGCCCCAGUUCUUCAAAGGGUCAGCCUGCCUACAUUACCAUCUGCUCUCAUUCAACCUGUGUCAUCUAACAACUGCUGUGUCUAAAAUGACUGUCUCAUCAGAUUAUCUGUGUUUCCCUCAGGUUUGCUGACACCCUUGAGCUGGCAGAUGACAUGGCCAUUGACAUUCCCCAUAUCUGGCUGUACCUGGCCGAGCUGCUCAGCCCUGUGCUGAGAGACAGGGGCUUCUCUAUGAGAGAGCUCUUUAGGUAACACCACUACUCUACAGCACCAUAAUAUUGUAUUUUUAUCUCCCUGUAAAGCAAUGGAGAUCAAGAGGGGUUUACUAUUGCAUCAACAGAGUUUAUCAGUUCAGUCCAGAUGCAACCCACAUUUAUUAAGAUCUCACAGUCCGCAGGAUGACCAAAAUGUACUCCAUUUCGUUGACUCUGUCAAAGAUUGCUGCCUGUGGCUAUCUCAGUUCACUCAUUAUGGAGUGUUGAUGUUGGCUCUCACACCUCCAUUCCCUGCUGUGGCUUUCAGUAAACUGAGAUAUGAAGGAAACCAGGAUGGAACCGCCGGAGACAUCUAACCGUUUUCUCUGUUUGUCCACAGUGAAUUAAGCAAACCUUUACUUCCUGUGGGAAGAGCUGGGAUCUUAUUUUCUGAAAUACUGCACAUACUAUGCAAACAAAUGGUAAGUGACAUUUUGUCGGUUUUACUCCUAGUUGAAUAUUUCUGGAGUGUCUUGCCCCUUUACCGCUUUCAAACAACAUCUCCCUGACAGAGAACAGUGUUAACAUAGCUGUCGAAUAUUUUUUGCAUGGCUUUUGUGUAAUUUAGACGAGAGGUGUAAACGAGUCGGGGUGCGAGUGCGUUCGAGUACAUAUCAAGUAAACAAGUCAACAAACCCAUUAACUAUUGGAUGCCAGGGUUCUGACAUGUUGUCCUGUCUGUCUCCUACACAGAGCCAUAGGAAAGUGGGCACCUUGUGGAGAGAGUCGGGCCUCAGCUGGAGUGACUUCCUGCCAGAGGGAGAGGACGUCCAGGAUUUCAUCUCAGAGCAGGUUAGUGAGAUAAACCCUCUGUGUUACGGCAUGGAGGCAUCCCAACAGAAACAGGUUCACAGCAACCUAACCCCCUUCUCUCCUCUUCAUGUCCCAUCCUCUCCAUGUCCUCCUCCUGUCAGAAGCUCCAGUUCACUGAGGCAGACUGCUCUAGCCCUGAGGCAGCCCUCGCCACGACGGCACUGUCCCUCGUGGUGCUCAACCAGCAGCUAGAGAGACUGCUGCUGGAGGACAUGGCCAGUGAUGAGCAGAUCUUUGACUGGGUAGAGGUACGGACUGUAGUAUUACGCCCACCACACAGCUCAGCACAGCCACGUUUGACUUCAUGUCAUACACAUGUUGUGUUUAUGCAUGCAUAGUGUUUCAUAUUUCAAGUGAAGUGUCACAGAUGCAGGCACUGAUAUCGAGAAGCUUUCACCUGUGUCUAAGCGGAGCUCCUUUGUGCUCCUCUGUUGUCCUCCACAUCCCAGGCAAAUCUAGAUGAAUCUCAGAUGAGCUCCUCUCUGUUCCUGAGAACUCUGAUGACGGCUGUGUGUAAGGCAGCGGUGAAAGGUAAGCGCUCCAUUCUUUUAGCUAGGAACAGAUCACUGUUGUUUUUAUAUAUUAUAUAGCUAGAGGAACUCACAACAAUUCUUUCCGUCUUUGUUUCUUGUGUAGAUGAAAGUGCUUCCUGUCGAGUGGAUGUAGCCAUCAUUCAGAGGAGAUUGCCCGUAUUACUCAAGUACAUUAACUCAGACACUGAGCGACAGCUACAAGCACUUUAUGCACUUCAGGCGCUGAUAGUCACUUUGGAUCAGCCUCCUAGUAAGUAGCAUCCCACUCAGACCCUUCAACCUCAAGAUUCACUAUAAAGAUAUAAGCACGGUUCUGUCUCCCGCCCUGCAAAGAUAACCAUUUUACAUUUCCUUUUUUGACAGAAGAUGUAAUUUCAUGUUUUUUUUUUAUCUCAUGCAGCCAUUGCUAUUAUAUAAAAAUAAUGUAUUCACUAACCUACAGUCAUAGCUAUACCCUCACACACACACUGAAAACUGAGACUCAUAUUAGUUAUGGGAUUUUAUGGUUAUUAUAGCACUUUUACCCUCUUGUCUCUCUUUCUCCAGACCUGCUCCGGAUGUUCUUUGACUGUCUGUAUGAUGAGGACGUCAUCUCGGAGGACGCUUUUUACAAGUGGGAGACCAGCAAGGACCCAGCAGAGGAGCUGGGCAAGGGUGUGGCUCUCAAGUCUGUAACGGCUUUCUUCACCUGGCUGAGGGAAGCCGAGGAGGAGUCGGAGGAUAAUUGACAAGGGAGCAGGCGGCUGCUGCAAGCCCCCAGGACAAGAGGCCAGCUGUUGCUACAUAGAAUAACUCCAUCUUCAUAGCAAAACAAACAGACAAACCUACAAAACGCGCGGGCAGGACGACAUGUUUACGGCUGGAACUUUUUCUGCAGUACGGUUCUGAGACAUGCCACCAUUUUGAGUUUGAAUUCCAACAGCUGAAGCACUAAAUACCUGUAUUAUACAUAGAAAAUAUUUUUGUUUUACAUUUUAACUUUUCUUUUGUUACUUUUUAAGAAGAGACUUAAAGAUACAUAGGUUCCGGACUCUUUAAUUUAUUAUUUUUUUAAGGACUGCAAAUAUGGACGUUUAUUUAACAUUUGCAGAUGCUCAUAAUGAGGAAAACAUUGAUGACUAAUAGAAAUAACAAUAUUAUUAAUUAUUAUAACAAUAAUAAUAAUUGUGAAAUAAAUAGCCUCCCUGGAUUCCACGUUGUUUGGUUGAAAACAGGGUAAAAAGUUAUUUUGGGAUGAAGGGGAAGGCAGAGAAAGGGUGGAUGCACAGGGACAAUUGACAUUGUAAGACAGAGGUCAAGGGUUAUCAGUAAAUAACCACAGGAAGUGUUCUCUCUGCUUUGGCUUGCUCUCUGUGAUAUGUACAUAGACCUCCCAAGAGGAAGAGAUAUGCAUUCAAGAAGCAAUGCAAAUCAGUCCACAAAAUAACAUUAAAUGAACAUGAAUAAACAACAAUGGAUAAAAUGCAAGAUUAAAAAGAAAAUGCCAGGGUUGCUGAACAUGAAGUGCUUGUAAUACUUAAGACCUACAGAGCAAAUUAAAAGCUUGUAAAUACAUUAAAGACAAAAAAGGUACUUAAAAAAAUAUUGCAAAUGCAAUGGUGAUUUUGUGGAGAGAUGUCUGCACUGCAAUGUGAAGAUUUGUUACUGUGUUUUAACAUUGCUGGCAAUGCAGUCUGAAGUUGAAAGUGAAUUAUGUGUUGAAAGUGUGGCAGUGUUAUGUGCCAUCUCUAAAAUGAGGCUACAGUAUAGGGAUUGUGAAAGAUAUUGAGCAACUCUUGAAGGACAAUGGAAGUUAACUAGAACAAUUCUCUAUUAUUGAAC